AUGGCUCAUCCCCGGGACCGGCACCACCGGGCGGGGCCACCGGAGGCAGCCCUGGGGGAGCCGGGGCUUGCCCAGGGGAGCGUCCCCGUCCCCAGAGAGGUGUCUCCCGGGGGGGGGGGCGGGGAGGGCCCCGGGGGUGUUCCCCGGGAGGAGAGUGCCCAGCCGCUGCCAGAGCAGAGGGGUGAUGACCACCCCCAAUACCCAUACCCCACCUGCACGCACGGUCCCCCCCGCGCACCCAUACCCCCGCUGCAGUCGGGGGACCCGGGGGGAUCCCGAUGCCGCGGGGGGAAGAGGGGCAGGAGGUCCCGGGGGCCCCCGGUGCCGCGGGUGGGGGAUACGGGGCGGGGAGGGGGGACCCUCCCCCCCCCCCCCCCCCCCCCCCCCCCAAAACCCUUCGGGCCCCUCCGGGGUGUUUGGGGGGGCAUCACCCUCUCCUCGUAUUCCCACCCCCGUCGCGGUGUCAAGCCCCGACUUGUAGGGGCCGGUGAGUCACCGCAGCCGGGCAGGGCCGGCCCGGGAGUUGUGGCACCGCCGGGAUCACCGGGACCACCGGGAGGGUCCCGUCGGGACCCCUGGGACAGGGCACGGGGACCAUCGGGGCCGCCGGGACAGGACAACGAGACCACUACGGCAUUGUCGCUGGGCUGGCCCCGAGAUGCAGCGGCGGACCGCAUGUGCGACCGUGUGCCACCGCACGUGCGACGAGCGGCUCUACCGCCACACCGCCCCCCACCCCGGCUUCCCGUGCCUCAGUUUCCCCUCUCGCAUGGCGCCAGACCGUGCCGUGUCACGAAGGCCCUGCCCCACGGGGGGCGGCUGCGGCGCUGCUUGGAUUCCGGAGGGGAGGACACGGGGCUCCCCCUGGGCGGACACCCCCGAGCCCCCGGCCGGGCUCCUAAGGGUUAA